AUGAUAGUCUGGGUCCAGCUGCCGGCGUUCCCUGUCCAUUUCUACCACCGAGAGGUUCUAUUUUCAGUUGGGAACAUGAUCGGGAGAGCCAUUAAACUGGAUUACCACACUCUGCACCAGCAGAGAGCGCAAUUCGCCCGGAUAGCGGUGGAGGUAGAUCUCUCUAAACCGCUAGUUAUUAGAAUCCGGCUCGAUGGGGCUUGGCAGUAUCUAGAAUAUGAGAAUUUGCCGGUGUUAUGUUUCAAAUGCGGCAAAAUUGGCCACACAAAGGAGACCUGCCCCGACCUGAAGCCGGCGACCCCUCAACUAGCGAUGGUGGAAUUCGGAAACCCGCCGGAGCCGGAGAUGCAAGGCUCAUCGGAGGAGAAAGUUGGGUUCGGGCCAUGGAUGGUAGUUACGCGCAAAUCACGGAAGGGAAGUAAGAUCCAGGUGUCCGGAAAGGGAAACUCGGCCUCUGAUCAAGCGGAAGUCCCCAGUCAAGGGAAAGGAGGAAAAAGGGAAGAAUAA